AUGAAACUCAUAAACUUAAUAUUUAUUGUGGUUUCGAUAAAUUUGAUAAGUUAUGAAGUAUCAACAACGGCAAUUGGUGAUGUUGAAGAAGUUUACACAUUAUUCAUGAAUAUAUGGACAAGAGUUGAUGAAGGAAUUAAAGAAGCAAAUACUGGAGAAAAACCAAAAUAUCAAGCAACACCAUUUGGCGAUAAAACAUCAUCAAUGCUUGAAGCCAUGAUUGACAAAGUUGAUGAAAUUUCAGUACAAUUGGAAGCUAUAAACAAUCGUGUGAUGGAAAAAUUACAAGAACUACAGGAUGAUAUUAAAGCGAUACCAGAUAAAGUACUGAAAGAUCAGUUACUCACACAACUGUCACAUCUUGUAAAAUCAAUAAAAACAAGCUACAAGGAAGUUAAAAAAUUAGGAAAUAAAAGAAUAACAAAAGGAAAAGCUAGAUUUAUAAUUGAUAACUUUGAUGAAAGAACCACAAAAGAAAGAUGUGAUAAAAGAAAUUCACCUCAACAAUUUAUUUAUCAAUUAUACUUGACACUUAUUUCAACUGAAAUUAUUGGAUAUUCAGCAUUGGCAUAUGGUUUUGGUGUCAAUGAACUACUUAAUCCAGAUGAGAAAGCUGAUAUUGAAAUUGAAACAGUUAUUGAUGAUAUAGUAGAUAGAAUUUACCGUUAUAGUUUAGCAUUCAGUAAAGCAAUCCCAAAACUUUCAUCUCAUUUUAGAACUUGUGAUAAUCCAGGAACACAUAAACGUGAUGUAACAUUCACAGAGUUCUCAGGUCUCUACCAAAAAGUUCUUUUAUCAGAAUACACAAUGAGACACAACGACUCUUUGUUAUGUGAAAAUUGGUGUGAAUACAGCGAAAGUGCUAAUUCGCGGUGUUAUGGACGUCCAAGUCCAAGAAGUAAUUUGAUAACAGAACCAGAACGAUCGACUCCAUGGAUUAAUCAAGUACCCAAAAAUAUAUGGUCAUGUACAACAAACUUGAAUUGUGCUGGUAAAAUUCAUUCGUGCAGAAGUAUGAAGGCCGUUAGAUAUUGCAUGGAUAAAAAUUAUACCCACAGACGUUAUAAAUACAUAGGGAAUACAGAAAAUAAUGAUCGGUGGGGCCAAUGGACCAGUGACUGUGAAGUUUAUGACUAUUGGGAUAGUAUUAAAGUCACCAGGUUCGAUUAUUGUUUAUAUUGCUUGUGUACAUGCGAUGAUGAUACUUGGAAAGCUCCAUUUGCUGUUAAUGUAGUUAGUUUAUUGCCAUCACGAAGUAAUACAUCGAAUAAUAUGGUUGUUACUGGUAUGCGAAUUAAAGUACAUGAUAAAAUUCUUCAUAUACAAGUUAAACAGGGUGAAAUAAUUGACAAUUAUCACAUUUUACCUCACAAAUUAAGAAAAAAUACGCAAAAAGGUAUGAAGGCAAAGCGUGUUGAAAAUUGGAUACGUUUGCCAAGUAUGCACGAAGAUGUUCGUAAUGCUCGUAGAUAUAAUAGUUCACAAAAUUUACGUGAAGAUGUUGAUUUUGUUGCAUGGCAUUGGAAUGAUAAUGCAUUCAAUUUAGAUGAAGUUUCUAUUCCACCUGGACGAGUUCUUACUGGAGUUAAAUUUGGAUUGAUUACAUUGAAGGAAGGUAAUAAAAAAAAACGUAUUCAAGUAGAAGCUGAAUCAAUGGAAUACGAUCAUACAACUGGUAAAUUAAUACAGAAUACUGAACUAUGGACAAAACCUGAACUUAAAAAUCAUGACACCGAAUUGUAUUUUGAAAAGGAUCUUCCUAUAAAUUCAGACCAACCAACAAUACUUGAUUCACAAACAAAUCAAUAUGUUAUACCCAGUAUAAGUGAUGAAUGGAAAGAUGCUGGACAAUCAGUACUUCCAUUUUUCGAUGCACAAACUGUAGGUUGUAGACCAGAAGCACCACUUGGUGGUAUUGGUUUUCAUCAUCGUGGUGCAGCUAAAGAAUCUGAGGAUUCUGGAUUUUUGGGACUGACGGCUCAUACAGUUGAUUAUUCUAGUUAUUUGAGAACAAGUGCAGAAAAAUAUGCUGAAAUGCGUGGGUUAAAAGAUGAUGAUCAAGAAGAUAAAAAUAAUAAACAAGGUGAUGAUGAUUAUGAUCAAAGUCAUGAUGAUGCUUAUGUUUUAUAUAAUGAUGAUUGA